AUGGUAUUGGGCAUGCGUGUUGCACAGAGUUCCAUAGCCAUAGAUCAGUCCCUCAGAUCAGUUGCAGGGUCUUUGAUAAUCCAUGGCUCUUUGAUAACAUUUUUCAAGAAUAGUGAUUUUCUUAAGAAGUGGGAUGCCCUUAAGAACACUACCUCUCUUCGGAGGCAACCGAACUACUCGUGGCGGCGGCGCUCCAGCUCGAACACCUACGGUGGUGGUGAUAGUGGUGUUGCUGCUGCUGAUCCUUCUCACUGGUACAAUUUUUGCGGCAUUUCCGUUGAUUUCAACUUUUACAAGACGUUUUGGAGUUUACAGGAGCAUUUCUUCAAUCCUGGUCCCACUACACUUGGUCCAACCAAAUGGCAGAAAUUUGCAUCAAAUUUAAUGGUUGUAUUGGAUACCUUCGAAGCUCAGCCUUUGAAUGAUGAUGAUGGAAAUGCAAAUAACAUCGAGGAAGAAGCGGCAACUUUCAGCAUAAAAUAUCUUACAAGCAGUAAAUUGAUGGGUUUAGAGUUGAAAGAUCCAGGUUUUCGGCGCCAUAUUCUUGUCCAGUGUCUUAUAUUGUUUGAUUAUCUCAAGGUGAUGAUCUUCAUCUCCCAUGUUGGUUCUAUUGACUUGCUAGUAGCUGUGAACUUGUUAUAUAUGCUACUACUCUCUUGGUUAUUGGUGUUAGAUAUGCAGGUAAUUAGAGGUUUUUUGCAUAUAUGCUUGGAGCAUGUGCUGAUAAAAUGCCACUUUUACUAUUUCUGUCCAUUCCAGUAUCUGUCUACUGUUUUAUGA